GCCUCGCGUAUACCCAGUCACCUUUCUCUCUUCGUGACCGUAGCAUAUGUUUUGCGACCGUCGAUGGCGCUCUCGCGGCUUUGAAAACGGCGCUAUCAUUAACGCUGCUCCAUCGGUCUCGUAAGCUUCGCUUACGUUGACUUCUCCCUCGAAAGGAGUUUUUCUUUUCUUUCCGACGGAAAAAGCGUUUCGAGUUUGUGUUUAUUUUCCUGCUCGAAUUUUAGAACCCGCAAGAGCGUCACGUACAGUCGAUUUGAUUUUCUUCUUGAUUUUCAAAUUAUCUUUUUCAUUUUGUUUCUUUUCUUUCUUUCUGUUUUUUGUUCUCCUUUACUUUCUAUCAAUUUUCUUUUUCUUCUUCUAUAUUGUUUGGUAAUUCGUGCUCAAAGGAGAAAAUCUAUUUAAUACGAUCGGACGUCCGUAUCUCUUCGCGUGUGUAUGCGCUCGUGCGCCAUUACGAUAAAGAAGGGCGGCUUUUAACAUAGCCGUAAUAUUUAAAUUUUCUCUAUUCAACGUUCGUGUUGAGAAAAAUAUAAAAAAUUUUGAUUUACGUUAAAAAACAAGAUACGGGAAGAUGAUAUUCUUCAGUGGUCUUUUGCUGUUCCUGGCCGUAUUUUCGAGAGUGGAUUGUCAACGAAAUACACCGAGAAGUGCAAGAGCCAGUAGAAAUGAUGCAGCUUUGGAAUUUGAGUGUCCCGAAGAGUUCGGUUAUUAUCCUCAUCCUCGAGAUUGUACGCAGUACUACGUUUGUGUCUUUGGCGGUGCUUUACUCGAAUCUUGCACGGGAGGUUUGAUGUACAGUCAUGAAUUGCAGACGUGCGAUUGGCCACGUAACGUUGGCUGCCCUGAAAGUGGUUCGGUCAACAAGGAAAUUAACGAGGAUCCGUUGUUGGAAAGGUCUACAAAAAUCGAGUCAUUGCAACAACAACAACAACAACAACAACAACAACAACAACAACAACAACAACAACAACAACAACAACAGCAGCAGCAGCAGCAGCAGCAGCAACAACAACAGCAACCUUUGCAACGAACGAUCCAAAGGCAACCACUUUUAAUUACUUCAACAUCUUCCCCAGCACCUCAGACCACGGAACGACAAUAUCGUCAGCGACAACAAGCUAGAAAUUAUCCUGAGGACGAUUACGAACCUCCCAGCGAGAUCGAGAACGAUAGACAGCAACGAGUCUACAGAGGACAACCUUCGACAAUAGGACAAGUGCAACGUGACCGUGAUGGACUUCGUAGAAACAUCAUAUCCGAGAGAGAGAAGGAGAGCCUGGUGAACGCACGCGUUCAAGCAGAGUCCCAUUUCAGGACUCAGGUACCUUCAACGGAGUCAUCUAGAAUUGCUAAAACUUUGGCGUCCACGGUAGCACCGAUCAUAUCAAAAUCAUAUUACAAUGAUCCUGAUCAAAGUUAUCCUUAUUACACGAUUUAUGAAGAUGACGUAUCCAUGUAUAAGGAUGACGAUUACAAUCAAUACACGGUGAAUCAAACAGUUCCAUUGCAACAACCAAACGUGAAGAUAAGUGAAGUUAGUACAAAACAAUAUCCACAAAAAUCGAAAAAAGUUAGCGUUAACGAUGCGGAUAGAUAUAAUCUGAAUCAUGACGUUACGGCACAGGACUAUGAUAUCUAUGAGAAUCAGGCUCAAUUAAACAAAAAUAAAUUCAGAAUCUCCGAAGGACAGCCACCUUUAAGGACGAACGUAGUGAGCCAUCCGGUGGUCCACGUGACGACUCCGAACACUCUAGUUGACACGUUUGUCCCAUUGACGACUACCACUCAAACACCUACAACAAGCGCCAGGCCUUACACCGUUAGUGUUUCAAGCCGAGGCCGUCCGCAACAAAUCAACCGAGGCACUGCACCUCCUCGUUCACGACCCACGUUGAAACCAUCGACGGAGAUAGUUUCGAAGGCACAGGAAUUCAUCGAUAUCUAUAGAUAUCCACCGGUUAGACCAGCCCCGAUUUAUCCGACACCUCAGGUCGACAAGCCUGCAGCAAAAUGCCGAAGAGACGUUUGUCUACUUCCGGAUUGCAGCUGUGGUGGUGCCGACAUUCCAGGUGACUACCUACCGGAGGAGAUCCCACAAAUCGUCUUGUUGACGUUCGAUGACUCCGUGAACGAUCUAAACAAGGGACUCUACGCCGAUCUCUUCGAGAAGGGAAGAAAGAACCCGAAUGACUGUCCUAUCUCAGCAACCUUCUACGUGUCCCACGAGUGGACCGACUACAGCCAGGUUCAAAAUCUCUAUUCUUCCGGUCAUGAGAUUGCUUCCCACACGGUCUCGCACAGUUUCGGGGAACAAUUUUCACAAAGAAAAUGGGCACGAGAAGUAGCUGGACAGCGUGAAAUCCUUUCGGCUUAUGGAGGUGUCAAGUUGGAAGAUGUCAGAGGAAUGAGAGCUCCAUUCUUGUCGGUCGGUGGAAACAACAUGUUUAAGAUGCUGUGGGAUACGAACUUCACCUACGAUUCGUCGAUGCCAAUUUAUGAGAACAGACCUCCUAGCUGGCCUUACACGUUGGACUACAAACUCUUCCACGACUGUAUGAUACCGCCUUGUCCCACCAGAUCUUAUCCUGGAUUGUGGGAAGUUCCUAUGGUAAUGUGGCAAGAUCUGAAUGGUGGUAGGUGUUCUAUGGGAGACGCUUGCAGUAAUCCGCCAACUGCCGAUGGAGUCUACAAGAUGCUUAUCAAGAACUUUGAGAGACAUUACACGACUAAUAGAGCACCGUUCGGUCUCUUCUAUCACGCGGCAUGGUUCACUCAACCUCAUCACAAAGAAGGCUUCAUAUCUUUUCUUGACACGAUCGUUGCUAUGGAUGACGUUUGGGUUGUAACAAAUUGGCAAGCUAUUCAAUGGAUUAGAAAUCCAACGCCUCUAGCUCUGAUGCAUAAUUUUGAGCCAUUCAGUUGCAAUUUUGUGGAUCGACCGAAGAAAUGUAACAAUCCGAAGGUUUGCAAUCUCUGGCACAAAAGUGGUGUUAGAUACAUGAAGACCUGUCAAGCUUGUCCAGAUAUCUAUCCAUGGACGGGCAAAACUGGUAUUAGAAGCAGUCGCAUCGAUAACGAAAUCGAUACUCACGAAUGAAACGACAAACCGAUCAACGUGGCGAUCGAGACCCACCAAUGAGGACGAAAGAGCCAAAACGAGGAGAACGAUACAUAGCUCAUACAGCAUUUGUGUUCUUUUAUCUCUCGUUCCUCUGAAGAAAUUCUGAAGUUCGAGUACGCCAAGCUGUUUUAUUUUUCUUUAAUUUUUCUAUUCUUUCAUUUCUUUUUCUUUUCUUUUUUUUUAAUUUUUCCUCUUUUACUCGUAUUAUUGGUCGAGAAAAACACAACAAGCAACAUGGCUACAACUUUCGCGACUUUGGUGGGUCUGCGAAGUGUAAUCAAAAAAAAAAAAUUGAGUCCUUUCUAGAAAAGAUUUCAAAAUAGGACUGUUGCAUAGGUCGAAAAACACGUACGUGUUCUUUUUUUUUUAAAAAGACUUUGUUCCUUUAUCUUUCUUCUUUUUUUCUUCUUUUUUGUCUCGUCCAAUCGGUUAACCACGAUAAUAUAACGAUAUUAAGAUAUAAUAAUUGCAUACAAAUAAGUUAAAAUGCUAAUUGCGUUAUAUUGUUGAAACAGGGUAACUUGACAUGAUACGAGUAGAAUUAUUAAAUUAUUUCAAAGCAAUGUAUUGAGACGGCGGGCAUUGAUUCAUGUGAACCGAUGAACGUGGCACGAAUCGGUGACCGCGAGUCAGUGAAGUGUAGUAACUUUUUUCUUCUUUUUCUUCUUCCUUCGUUUCUUUAUUUUUAUUAUCUUCUUCUUUUAUCUUUCUAUUAUCUCAUCAUUUUCUACGUACGUGUCUUCCUUAUAUUGUAUUUUAUUUUAUUUUAUUAUAAGCAACUUCCUCUUUUACCUACUUCGAAAUCUUUCAACACGUUCUUGGCGUACUCGGGAAAAAUUCAAGAUAGAGCAAUUAAUCACGAGUAAUUAAUAAUAAUAAUAAUAAUUAAAUAAUAACAAAAUGAUAAUGAUAAUAAUAUUCGCGGAAAAAAAUACGAAAAUGAUUGCCGAUCAUGAAGUUUCGUACGUCAUUUCGUGAUAUGUAUUAUCAUCCACCGAGGUUCGAAUGUGCGGAGAUCACUUUGAUGGAAAUUUAUUAAAAAAAUGUCGAAAGAAAAAUGUCGCUUUCUUGAAGGAUCGUGAGUACGAGAGGAAUCAUUGUGUUUUACCUGAACCUGAAAAAUAUAAUGCGGCUUUAAUAAAUACACAUUUCUCUAGAAUUCACAAACACAAAUACACACGCGCGUACGCAUAUAAUUUAUCGUUUAAAUUAAUAAUCAAGUAUAAUCAAAUGGAACUGAACGAAUAGAAUCUUAUGAAAAAUGAUGUUUACUUUAAAUCAAGCAGGAUGACAGUUAUAUGUCAUAUGUUUUUAUUACAAACAUGUAUUUGGGAUCGGUAAAGGAUAGAGUAUGGAAGCCCAAGUUUCUAAGUCAUAUUUCUCAAUAUCCUGCCAGUGAUUAUUCAUAUAUGCGAUAUUUUCAAUCCAAUAUUUCUUGAGAUUACAGACCGUCAUAGCCUUGAAAAAUUAAAAAGUAAGUUUUCUAUAAAACAAGAAAUCGAUGAGAGAUCAAUCACCUAUAUUCAUUUGAAUCAUAGAAAUUUUAUAAAUAUGAUUUCAUUUAUUAUUCAUAUUACCCGUUUAUUUUGUAUGAUCCAUGCGAUAACAAACUUGUUAUCUUGCAAACGAGACCAUUUUUUCGCCUUAUUCAGGUAAAUAUUUCUCUGUGAUUUUUUACCAUAAAUUAUAUUUAUAUGAGAUUUAAAAAAAUAGAGAAACGGUUUUAUGAAUGGAGCACGUUUCGAAACUCGAUUGAGAGUUUUCGUGAUUUGAUGAAUCCCGUCGAAAAGUUUGAUAAGUUGAUUCGCUUUCUUUAAAUUUAUACAACGAAUUAGUACUAGGAGAAAGCAUUCCAAGCCCUGCAACGACAGAUCAGAAUAUUUAGAAUUUAUUGUCGUGAUCAAUAAUAUUAAUUUGAAUGGAUUACUUGGCAGCAUGUGACAAUUGUAGAAAAAUCAUCAUGUUUAACUUCUUUCGUAUAGGUAUCUACGGUUAGUUCAUAACUUUCGUCAAUUCUGUAUCCCCUGAAAGGAAGUUCGAUGUGUAAAUAUGUAUCAAUGAAUUGUAAACAUUUCAUAAACUUACAUUCGCAAUUGCCAAAUCCAUAAACCACUUAAAAGUCGAGUAAGACAAAUUGGAUCGCGAGAAACACAACCUUUCGUAUUGCAAGCUAUUUUAUAAUAAAUAUGUUGUUUUUAUUUUUUUUUAUUUUAAUUUAAUAUAUAUUUCAUUAAUAUGAAUCGAACGAUCGAUAUAAUUAAAGAUGGAUAAACGUACCAGUGAGUGUUUUGGCAUGUUGGAGACAGGAUUCGUAAGAUUCCAAAAAUAUUCCAGCUUUUAAGAGUAAUUCUAAGGAAAGAGCAUAAUACCAGGUAAUCGCUGAAUUAUCGAUGUCCUCGUCUGACAUAUAAUGCAGCUCGUUGAUGAGAUCAAUUGCUUCGCUAAUAUGUUUUGUCCAUAUCUGUUUUUGCAAGAUAUGAAAGAGUAGAAGAAAAUGUGAAAGAAAUAUGUUUACUAUUAAUUACCAUGAUUUCUAUAAAUGAUGGCAGCAAGACAAGUUUCACAUGGGUAAGUUUCAUCAUGUAUGUCAUUUUAAGUAUAUUUUUACCAAUUUCUAUGGCAUCUUGAAAUUCACCUCUCAAUGCUCUGUUAUAUGUAAAAAUAUAAAAUUAUCGAAUAUGUAUAAUUAA